AUGAGCAAGCAUAACACCCCAUCAUUGGGUCCAGCUGUCUACGAUUCUUUGCCUCCCCCCUACUCAGAACAUGAUCACAGCACGGUAUCUAGAGAGCAGGCCCCGCAAUAUGAGGCCCCCCAUUUCAAUGGCUCGACCAGCGACUCAACAAGAUUGCAAGCUGCAACUAGCAAAUUCCCGCCGGCCAUGAAUGGUUACAUGCCAAUGAAAUUCACUCCAGAGUUGCAUUUGGGGCCAUCGGCAUCAGAGAAGCUGUACUUUAUGUCGAUAGAUGUUCAGCACCGUAAGAGCAUACAGACGAUGAUCCUUCACGACGGGCCGACCGAUAAGCAUCCACCUCUGGCAUCACUGCAGAGUGACCCAUAUCUCCGAGAAAAGCCAAUCUCGGUGACCUUUGCAUCGCAGGGCGAGCUUCAAGAAAACUCUAUUAUAGAACCAUUAGAGGGUGUCAAGCCAUACAAACGCAUGAGCCCGACAUUCUCGAUCGCGCACGGCAAAGAAAUCAAGGAGCUCGCCGGCCACACAACGGGUUGGAAGCUGGUGCGACUGUCGGAAGCGGUGGGCGAGACAGGCGGGAGUCGCUCCCAGCGAGCGAUGGGGUGUUCCAGUGAUGGGAAGGAGAUUGUGGCUGUCAUCGCCCACAAUGCAUCGUUGAGUCUGUCGAAAGGAUUCAAGUUUGCUUUUGUGGGUAGCGGGCUUACCGGCGUCUUGGGAGAAAAAUGGGAAACCAUGACUCUCAUCACUGCAGUGUAUCUCUGGCUUAUCGAGUUUCAGAUUGCGACACAUGUUAUUCCAAUUGCAUGA